UAUCUCUGAAAAAAAGAAGAAAUAGAAGAAUUAGAAAAUUUUACAUCUGUCAUCUAUCUUUAACCAUUAUCUAUUUCUCUCUCUAGAAAACAUCGAACGAAAUGGGAGUGCCGGAGACAGACCCGCUUUCUCAGCUAAGCUUACCGCCGGGAUUCCGAUUCUAUCCGACCGACGAAGAGCUUUUGGUUCAGUAUCUGUGCCGGAAAGUUGCAGGGCACCAUUUCUCUAUGCAACUCAUCGGAGAAAUUGAUUUGUACAAGUUCGAUCCAUGGGUUUUACCCAGUAAAGCUAUAUUCGGAGAGAAAGAAUGGUACUUUUUCAGUCCACGGGAUCGUAAGUACCCAAAUGGGUCGCGACCAAACAGGGUAGCAGGGUCUGGGUAUUGGAAGGCUACAGGAACUGAUAAAGUGAUUACGACGGAGGGACGAAAGGUGGGUAUCAAAAAAGCUCUGGUUUUCUAUGUGGGUAAAGCUCCAAAAGGAACCAAGACCAAUUGGAUCAUGCAUGAGUACAGACUCUCAGAGCCUUCAAGAAAAGCUGGAAGCUCCAAGUUGGAUGAUUGGGUUCUAUGCCGCAUUUACAAGAAAAAUUCCGGUGGUCAAAAGCCUGUUUUGAGUUUUCCGAGCGUUGAACAUAGCCACGGUUCAUCAUCAUCGUCUUCGUCUCAAUUCGACGACGUGCUCGAGUCGUUGCCGGACAUCGACGACCGGCUAUUCGCUUUGCCGCGGAUGAGUUCGCUGAAAGCUAUGCACAAGCUUCAGAACCUUACAUCGGGGAAUUUUGACUGGGCGAGUCUCGCCGGAAUCAGCUCGUUGCCGGAACUCGUUCCUGGCGGUCAAGCUCAGGCUCAGGAACGUACACAAGCACCUCUUAAUAACAAUAACGGAAUGUAUGUCUCUUCUGUCCCAUCGAUGUACCACGUGGACUCGCAGUCUCAUCAGAGGUUUGGUGUCUCCGGGGGUGAAGAAGUUCAGAGCGGAAUCAGAACUCAGCGACUUGAGAACUCGGGGUUCUUUCAGCCGAACCCAAACGCGUUCACUCAUACUUUCACUAACUCGCUUGACCCGUUUGGCAUUCGGUACUCGACUUAGUAUGGAGGAUCCGGAUUCGGAUUUGAUUUGGGUUUGGAGUACAGAACAGAAACAAAAAGUAGGGAGGGUAUAUCUGUUAGCAAAAUCAAUUCUGGGUGGCGUUCCUGUAAAUACCUUGAAUUUUUUGGGCUAACAUUUUGGGUUUAGACGCGGGGAAGAAGGCUCAAGUGUGGGUGUUUUUGGGCACCAGAAGAGUUCAUGCCAUUUUGUUAAUGGUUAGGGGCGUAGUGCACAAAUUGAAUGUACAAAACAAGUACAAAUCAAUCUCAAAUACAUAAUUACAAUGUAAUUUCAUUUCGGAUUUGCAAAGUUUAUGUUUAUUUACUUCAAUAUCUAAUAUCUUUAGAACUCUAAAUUUUGCAGUCGUUUUAAUAAAUGUUCCUCUCAGUUACUAUGUAGGGGUUACCUAUCUAAGCUUGUGUAAUGUAUAAUGUAUGAAUAUUCUUAUUUAUUUAUUUACUUAUUCAUUUUGAA